UACAGAUGAUAGCCUCCACAUCACCAUGUCAUGUCCAAAUAUCCGUCGGAUAUUUAAUUGGUAUGGAAAAUAUGGUUGGAUAGCUCUGUUAUUUAAAAUGUUAAAAAAUGAAAAUAGAUGAUUGGGUCAGUCUGCAAGCCUGCCUUUUUGUUCAGAAGGGCCUGUCGAGUAAUGCUUGAAGGAUCGCUCGUCUGCAUAACGUGUGCCUGCUUGGCUUGUCAAUGUUUUCUUGUACAACUCGGUAGAUGUAUGCAGUGCUGUGCACAUUGGCUGUGAUCUAAUUACGACUUAGCUUUGGCAUUCAGCAAUCCCAUACUGGACAUCCAAGCACACGAAAACUGGCCUGUUGCAAAGAAAAUUGUAAGAACAUCCAAACUAUGUGAGCAAGGACAAGGAAAAAAUUCUAGGGUUUUAAGAUUUUAGGCCGAGGGUCGGGUGGAGUCCACUUUAGUCUACACCCACCUUAUUUCUUCGAGUUCUUCUUGUACAACAUUUGAAGUUUGAAAUGAUCAACGUAUGAGUGAGGAACUUAUGGAGGACUACGUGGCUCCUUUCGUAAAUUUGUUGGAGGGCGACAUUGAUGAGGUGCGGGGACCCGGUUGGUCACAGGAAUUAAACGACUAUGGACGUAUAUACGAUUACGGCAAUGCGCUGGCUGAUUUCUCAGUGUGGGAGAGCGCGUUUGAAGCCAAGCCGAUAAAUCCGACCAGCCUGCAAUCUCCGCAUUCUUCUUCCUUCCAGACACAGGUUACCGUUACUACAGGUGAGAACGGCGCCCUAGCUUUUCCAGAACUCUUGGCAGAUAGUUCUGCAGAAGCAUCUUCUGGUAAGCCUGCAAUAAGUGACGAUGCAGCGAAUUCGAAACCUUUGGGUGGUUUCCAGUUCUCGGAAUCAGGGGACAUUGGCCCCCGUGAUGCCGAGUUGCGAUCGGAGAUGCUUGAGCUCUUGAACAUCUUUCAAAUCGUCUACGAAAGCAAGAUGGAUGUUGAUAAACGAAGUUUGCUCAAGAAAUGUGUGUCCAUGUGUGAACGAAUCAUGGACCGGUUCUAUCGACUUCCUCAGGUGGUGACCAUGCACGAGCAAGCCAAAUCGCUGUUGCAAAUGCUUGAGAGAGGAGAGGUAGACAGACCUGGUAUGAGCUCGAAGACUUCCUCCAACUUUGCAACUGAGGACGGCGCUUCGUCAGAACGGUCCUCUCUUGAUAAUCUCAAAGCAAAUGUAAAGGAGGCCCUAGAUACCGUUGACCGUGAAGCAGAAGAAAUUGAAUCUCAUUCGAAGGAUCCUGAUGAAGGUAAAGAGGUUGACGGUGUACACAUUCGUGAGGGUAUAUGGUAUUGCAAAACACACACUGAUCAAGAGGAGUGCAAGCAGUGUGGCGUUGAUUACCGCCUACUCAACCAGGUCCAUCGUGAACGCAUAGAAGAGGAGAAGGUCGACGUUACCCUUCGAAGCGAGCAACAACGUCUCGAGGUGCUUGAAAAUGAAAAAACAACGCUCUCACGUCCCGACCCUGGAACCCAAGAAGUAACCACUGAAGACAAUGAAGAUGCUGAAGAUUUUCAGACAAUAUCGAAAGAUUUGAACGAGGAGCUGGCACGUGCGAGAGAGAAGGAGGAAGCCGAAUUCUUAAAACUUUUCUCUACAUUCCAGAUUUCCUAAUUUCAUAACAUGCUGGUAUUGUACAUCUUCAAAAGCAAACUCUAAACCUCCACCUUGUGGGAAUUCUAUCUUAGCUGCUCGAAAAGCAUCCUGUUCUGGUGCAAAUUCCUCAACUCUAACACAGAUCUUAAGAAACGUUGGGCAAAUCCCUUCAUCAGUAGCUCCAAGUAGUCCUAAGUGAGAAAUCUUUUGUAACUUCUAGAUUGUGCCUAAAAAUUCUUUAUUGUAAUACUGUUCUGAGUUCCUUUUCUUACUUCCACAAA